GUAUGACUUGUGUGUUUUCCAGUUUCUUCUUCUUCUUCUAUCUUUGCAUGUUUGUGAUUUCUAGCCCUGCGUUAUUAUAAUCAGCUAUAGCUAUGCAAGCUGGAAUUGGAGUUUCGAAGAUCCUUAUUUUAGCUGGGGCAGGAUACACUGGCACGAUCUUUUUGAAGAACGGCAAAUUAUCGGACUUGUUUGCCGAGCUCCAUCUUCUGCUGAAGGGAUUGGAAAAUCUUGGGGAUCAAUCUAAUGGUGAAAGUGAGAAUGCAGAUGUUAUUGCUUCUCAGAUGGGUCGUCUAGCCUAUGAAAUUCGACAAUUGGCCUUGAAUAGGCCAAUACUGAAUGGGAGUUCUGCACAAAAUGGGAAUAUGCUGUCCCUUGUAACACCGGUAGCCGCGUUGAGUGCUUUGGGAUAUGGCUACAUUUGGUGGAAGGGCCUUUCACUUUCAAGUCUUAUGUAUGUGACAAAACGUAGUAUGGAAAAGGCAGUUUCAGAUUUGACCAAAAAGUUGCUGCACGCCUCAGAUGUCAUCGCUCAUGCCAAGAAGCAUUUGACGCAGAGGAUUCAACAUUUGGAUGACAAAAUGCUCAAGCAAAAUGAGUUGGCAAGGUCAAUUAAGGAUGAGGUUACUGGAGUUAGAAAUACUAUUACUGAUUUCCACAAGGACUUGGUUACCUUGAAACAAGCAAUGGGAACAUUGGAUGCGAAGUUGUCUUCAUUGAGUUGGAAGCAGGAUUAUGCAAAUCAUGGUUUAGACUACCUUAUCGAUUUUGUACAUGGAAAAUCAGGACAGAUGCCUGAGUUUUUGCAGCAGAAGCAGGUGAAACUUCCUGGAAAGUCCCCUAGUCUGCUCACGUAUGGUGGAAGCCCCAGUCUGAAGGGUCUUAAAGACAUUGCAGGCACCCUAUCUACAGGUCUAGAACAGUCAGCUUCAGAUGGAAUCAUGCAAAACUGUAUAGAUAAACUAGAGCAGCACCGAAGGCCAAUGUUGAGGCUCCUUCAAUCAGGUGUUGAUGACAAGGUCUUCAGCAGAUAGUGACCUAUCGUUUUAAAUUUCCUCCCUUUAGGAAAUUUUCAGCUCCAUUUGCCCCAGAAGACUUCUUAUUGGUGUUGUGAUUCUCUAAUUGCUUCGCAUUCUACCAUUGGAUAAAUGGAGCCUGCAUGAAUUCUUAUACUUGUUCCAGUAAAUAGUGAUUCCGUGAGUAUCGUACAUAACAGAACACGUACCCUUUUUUUAUUUUUAUUUUUUCCUUGUUGUUAUAAACCACAAAUUUGUGGGUAGCCAAACGCCCAUGUCUAAGCAAGUUUCUCUCCUUGGAUAAAAUUGCUUCCAGCGUUAUCGUCA